UGGCGCAGUGGUUGGCGGGAAGGAAACAAGAAAAAAACCGGAGUCGCUUCGGAGUUGCACGUGCUGGAACGAUGAAGAAAGAAAGUCCCUGGGGGAGCCCAAUGAGGGCCCCAGCAUGCAUGGACGUACAGCUGGAAGCUGCCCGCUACCGGAAAGAUGGAGUCUUGCUUUUGGCUGCUUCCAGUCUCAAUGGACGUACUUGGGGUGGAUCCAUUUGGGUGUUCAAGGAUCCCCUUGGUGCCCCUAACGAGAGCCUCUGUACGGCUGGCGUGCAGACUGAAGCCGGGGUGACAGACGUGGCUUGGGUGUUGGAGAAAGGCAUCCUCGUGGCUUCGGAUUCAGGUGCUGUGGAGCUUUGGGAACUAUUGGAGAAUGAAUCUCUCUUAGUCAGUAAAUCUACCAAGUAUGAACAUGACGACAUCGUAACAACCUUGAGUGUUUUUGCUGAUGGGGCGCAGGCAGUAAGUGGAAGCAGAGAUUGCAGUGUCAAAGUCUGGGACCUUGAACAAAAGAUGCUCCUAAAAUCCUACAAAGCGCAUUCUGACCAUGUCACGUGCGUGUCUGCUUGCCCUGGCAAAGAAGCAAUCUUUUUAUCUUCUGGUGAGGAUGGCUGCGUCUUACUCUGGGAUACAAGAAACCCCAAACCUGCCACUCGGAUCAAUCUUUCCUCGAAGCACAUUCCUACCUCUCUGACAUGGCAUCCAGACAAGGAUGAUACAUUUGCUUGUGGUGAUGAAAGUGGAAACGUUUUCACUGUAAAUCUGAAGAGUUCAGACUCUACCCAGGGGCUGGCUGUGCAUUCCCAGACCGUCACCGGACUAUCAUAUUCGAAGCACAGUACUCCUUUCCUGGCCUCUGUGAGUGAAGAUUGUUCUGUAGCAGUACUUGACUCGGACUCAAAAGAAGUCUUCAGGAACCAAUCGCAUGAAGAUUUUGUGACUGGUGUAGCUUGGUCACCUCUUGAUCACUCCAGCUUCACUACCAUUGGUUGGGAUCACAAAGUUCUUCAUCACAGCCUUAAAGAGUGCAAGUCAUAGGCUUUUUCUGGAAAGACACACCGGGUUUAUACCAACCACUAGACAGGAGGUGCAACCAUGGCUUGUCGUACAUCUUACUAAAGCUCUACAUUAGGUUUAAUGGCUUAAAAUGCCUAAAAUGCCUGAAGUCGACUUCAGUGUUGGCAGGCUACUUUCACUGAAUUCUGCAUGCCACAUUGGCAGCACAGAGUUUGAGUUUCUUUUGGAGAACUUUUGUAUAAACCUGCCAGCACCAUUCUGGAUUUCUGUUCUGUACCAGUAGUGCUAAUCAUUUGUUUAGGGUGACUCUUAAGCAGUGUUUAAUUGUGGCACGUAAUAAAUACCCUAGGCGUUAAUAAAGUGAAUUGACAGAAA